CACCUGCUCCUAUCAUAUCGGAAGAAGAAGAAGAAGAAUCCAUCAUCAUGUCCAAGGGAGAGGAAGUGAAGCUUCUGGGUGUAUGGGCGAGUCCGUUUGUGAUGAGGGCUCGCAUUGCUCUGAAUAUAAAGUCAGUGAGCUAUGAGUUCCUUGAAGAGAAUUUGGGAUCGAAGAGCCAGCUUUUGCUCCAGUCCAAUCCUGUUCACAAGAAAGUCCCAGUUCUGAUUCAUGCAGAUAAGCCCGUGUGUGAGUCUCUGAUUAUUGUUGAGUACGUCGACCAACUCUGGUCUUCUGCUCCUUCUAUUCUUCCCUCUCAUCCACACGAUCGUGCCACUGCUCGUUUCUGGGCUGCCUAUCUUGACGACAAGUGGUACCCUACCUUGAAAAGCAUUGCUGGAGCGAAAGGUGAGCAAGAGAGGAAGGUUCGGGUGCAGCAGGUGGAAGAAGGAAUAGCGUUACUAGAGGAUGCAUACAAGAAGAUCAGCAAAGGCAAGACCUUCUUCGGCGGCGACCAUAUCGGAUACCUUGAUAUUGCAAUCGGAUGCUUCUUAGGGUGGCUCCGGGUGACGGAGACGGUCGCCGGCACAGCGUUGAUCGACGAGGACAAGACACCGGGGCUAGCCAAAUGGGCUGAAAGGUUUUGUGAAGAUGAUGCAGUUAAACCUGUCAUGCCAGACACAAAGAAGCUUCUUGAGUUCUUUUAUGUUCUUCGCGCAAGAUUUGGGGGUUCUGCUUGAUUCCUAUUAUAUUUUGCUUUGGGUAUAUUAUUGGAAAUGUUGAAAAUAACGUAUGAGAACAAUUUUAAUUAGUUGAGUGAGUUUGAGUUGCCUUAGCUUUAUGCAUGUGUGUUAGGUAGGGAAAGUUUAGGCUCACCUAACCCUUUUGACGAACUGUAUUGGGGUUUGUUCAUCUCAAGUUUAUUAACAUCCUCGAAGGAAGGGCCGAUUGUUCUUAAUUAUUUGUUCAUCACCCUUAACUAUUUCAAUCGCUGCAUGAGUAAGAUGUAUGUUGGCUGUUCAUGAAUAAUGAACAUGUUUCCAUUGUCAUCUCUCUUGUUAGUUCACUACCCUUUCAUCGU